AUGAAGCAUCUGGUUAGUAAAUUUACUCCAGAAGUUGAUUUAGAAACUAUUGAUACUACUGUAUUAAGAGAUAUAAUAAGUGCUUACAAGGCUAAUUUAACAGAUAAAGUAAUUGAAUAUACAUUGUGCUUGAGAUUGAACUCGGCAACUUUAUUCAAUAACAUAUACUUAGGACUACUAACUAUUCAUCCAAGUGAAAUCGAUACAGGUGAAAUUGUUGACAUACUUAACAACCUCAAAAAUAUCGAAUGGCAACAUGAAAACAGAAUACUCGGUAAUGGGAUUACUUUCGAUGCUUUUGAUCCUUAUGAAUGCGACGACGGUUGUAUCUGCUCCAGUAAGCGAGAAUAA